CAGCGCCGCGCCUGCGCAGAAGGGCUGGCGGGCGGGGGCGCUCAGGGCACCUGGUCGGCGAGUUCCCGGCCGGAGUUUUUUGAGACACAUCACGCUCCUCUACGAUUUGCGAGUUGCUUUUGUCUGAGGUCUUAUUUAUUUCUUUUAAUCUCAUAAGGCUCCCUGCUGUGCAGCACCUACCUAGAUCUGAACAGUUUUUUAAGAGAGAAAAAAAGAAAAAAGGACUCACAUGGACCACAUGCUGUGUUUAGUCGCUCAGUCGUGUCGGAUUUUUUGUGACCCCAUGGACUGUAGCUCGCCAGGCUCAUCUCUCCAUGGGGAUUCUCCAGGCAAGAAGACUGGAGUGGGUUGUAAUGCCUUCCUCCAGGGGAUCUUCCAACCCACGGAUCGAACCCAGGUCUCCCGCAUUGCAGGUGGAUUCUUUACCGACUGAGCCAUCAGGGAAGCCCAAGAAUACUCGAAUCCCUUCCCUAAGGGAUCUUCAGGACCCAGGAAUCAAACCAGGUCCCCUGUGGAUGAUACAUUGUGAGCAGUGUAUUUUGUUCCAUUGUGUGGUUAACGAUAUUGUUAUUUGCUUCAAGGUGUAUCUCCAUGAAUAACUUAAAUGACCCCCCAAAUUGGAAUAUCCGGCCCAAUUCCAGGGCUGAUGGAGGUGAUGGAAGCAGAUGGAAUUAUGCCCUGUUGGUUCCAAUGCUGGGACUAGCUGCUUUUCGCUGGAUUUGGUCUCGGGAGUCGAGAAAAGAAAUAGAAAAGGAGAGAGAAGCGUACCGUCAGAGGACGGUUGCCUUCCAGCAGGACCUUGAAGCCAGGUACCAUGCCACAAUUGCAGAAAGCCGGCGGGCCGUGGCACACUUGUCCCUGGAACUUGAAAAGGAGCAGAACAGAACAACUAGUUACCGAGAAGCCCUCAUCUCUCAGGGGCGCAAGUUGGUGGAAGAGAAGAAACUUCUGGAACAGGAGCGGGCUCAGGUCCUGCAGGAGAGGAGGCAGCCCUUGCGGAGUGCGUACCUGCACUGCCUGGGCCAGGAGGAGGACUGGCAGCGCAGGGCCAGGCUCCUGCUGAGCGAGUUCGAGGCCGCGCUCACCGAGAGACAGAGCAUCUACUGCAGCCUGGUGCUCCCCCGCCGCAGGCGGCUCGAGCUCGAGAAGAGCUUGCUGGUCCGCGCGUCCACUGACCCAGUGGCCGCAGACCUCGAGAUGGCAGCUGGCCUCACUGACAUAUUUAAGCAUGAUAGGCACUGUGGUGACGUCUGGAACACCAACAGGCGCCAAAACGGGAGGCUCAUGUGGCUGUAUCUCAGAUACUGGGAACUAGUCGUUGAACUGAAGAAGUUCAAGCAGGUAGAGAAAGCCAUACUGGAAAAGUAAGACAGGAGUGAACGGCUCCAGGUCAGAGUCAUGGGUUGUGGGUUUUCCGAUGUUCGCUGCUCCUCCUGCCAGCGCUCCCUAGUUGUGACUGUGCAUGCACACCGCCACCUCUUAGCAGUGGCCAUUCCCAUCACCCUCAGGAGGACAGCAAGGCCUCUGUCCCCUGCAGCAGCUAAGAACACAGUCUCAGAAGCAGGUCAAUAUUUUAUUAAGCAGGACAGGAUAACCUCAUAGCUUUAGAGUAAAAUUGUUUUUAAGAAUGUCAAAUACAGUGUUCACCCUAUAAGUCAUUCUGUCACUUCCUAAAUAAGUUCUGUUUUCUCCUCAAAUUAUUUUUCUCUCUCCUAAAACUACAGUUAAAAGUUGUCAGAUAGCGGUGAGGACUGCCUCACAGAUGGGAACAGACAGUGGUGACGCCAGCAAGGUUUCGUGGUCUGAAUCCCAUCAGUGUUUCUGCUUUCCACUUGAUAACCCUUGUGGGUGUUUGGAGUUUGCUGUGCCUGUAUUCAGUAAGCAGAUACUGUUUAUUUAGGUUGGUGCAAAGGUAAUUGUGGUUUUGCAUUGUUGAAUUUUGCCAUUUGAUAUUGAAAUAAAUUCUUAAAUAAAUGAAGUUAUGUUUUGAAAGUGCAA